GCUCAGGUCCAUGACAGCGAUCGAACUGUCCAAAGACAGCACCAUGAACAUUCCGCAAGUCUCGCUAGACAUCUAUCUUAAAGAUCCAGACUCUACCGAAGCUCACAACGAAGCUGUCGGAGCUGCCGAAUCUCUGAUCCUCACGGGUGCUGUGGUCGUUAGGGAUUGUCGGGCGCCGAAAGAAGCCAACGAUAGGUUCAUCGAUUUAUUUGAGGAUUACUUUGCGCAGGAGAAGGAUGUGCUCAAGCAGGACGAGAGGCCUGAAAUAGGUUAUCAAGUGGGAGUCACGUUGGAGAACACUGAGAAGCCCAAGUGUGGAAGCGAUGAUGAAUGCCUGGCGGUGAUCUCUGCUCUGAAGGAGGAUCAAAGACCUUUAGAUAUCUCAGGCCACGGAGCAGAUCCCAAGUGCCGAUUCUUUCACCGCAUGUCGAUUCCGCCUCCAUCAGAUACGAUAUUCCCCGCAACAAGCGCUCCGAACGUUGUUCCUGAGGCUUUCAAGGAUGACUGGACGGAAAGGGUGACAGAAUGGGGAACGUUCAUGAAGCAAUCCGUGGAAGGUGUCGCGAUGAUGGUAGCCCAGGGACUGGGAUUACAUCGCAGGACAUUCAUCGACGCAGGCAAAUAUGGAUCACAUCUUCUCGCUCCAACUGCUACAGAUCUGACGAAAUACGGACAGCGCGAUACCAUCUUUGCCGGCUUCCAUACUGAUCUCAACUUCUUGACCAUUCACGGCCAAUCGAGAUACCCAGGACUACACGUCUGGGCCCGUAACGUUGGCGAAAAAAUCCCAGUCAAGAUACCCGAAGGCUGCUUGCUCGUUCAAGCUGGCAAGCAGCUCGAGUGGAUCACGGGUGGUUAUAUCAAGGCCGGUUACCAUGAAGUGGUGUGUACCGACGCGACAUUGGCUGCAAUGAAUCGUCGUAAAACUGCAUUUCCUCAACGACCUCUAAUCCGCAUAUCCUCGACCUUUUUCUGGCACCUGUCCCCGGACCAUCUACUUGUACCUAUACCUGGCUUGCAAGCUUGCGCAGAGGCACAAUUCGGACCCCAGAAAGAUUACGGCGAGAUGCUGGUUGGCAAUCAGGUACUUCAAGAACUCGGCUUGAUUGCAUUAUUCGAAGACAAGUGAUCAGUGAGACUAGAAGGCGUGUGGUCAAAGGCGACAUUCUGCAGCAACAAACACUCUGGAAUGUGUUUGACGUGUGCGAAUAGGCACAGUGUAAAUACCCCGAAUCCACAUGACAUUCUGCUCAUUUCUUCGAUGCCUAGAAGAGGCCGGGGGGGACUGGCAGAGGCCCAGGCACUGAGGUGCCGGCAGUAUAAAUGGACGAGAGACAGUAGGGACGGGAAGGCAAGAGAGGAAAGGGGAGACGAUUUUUGCUCUCAAGGUUCCCAAAUCACCUGAGGGCCGAUGAUCAGGUGGCCUGGGGUAGACCUACAAACCUCUUCAGCCAUUUUAGUGUUCCUCAGAGAGACACGUUGUGAUGCAUGUAUAUAGCUUU